AUACUCAUCUCAAACUGGAGAGGUUGAAAGCUGGGGAGCAUUGAAACUUCUAUGCAACCAACAAAGGUACAAGAAAUUUUAUGCUCUAGUAAAGUUUGUUUCAUGUUUAGUUCACCCAGCAGGAAGUACCGGUUCCUCUGCUCCAGAAUCCGGUGGCUGAUACGAAGGCGGCCGAAGGCCAAAUUUGCCAUCAGGAGGUUUAGAAAGCUGAACUUAAAAGGCUGGUUGAAAGAAGCAGGCUGCAAAAGGAGUGCAAGUCAUCUUCAUGGACAAAUGGGUGCUUCUGUUUUGCAGAGGCCUGUUCGAAUUGCGACAUUCAAUGCUGCCAUGUUCUCCCUUGCACCUGCUGUCCCUGAGGAUCCGAAACCAGUUGUGUUCUGUCCUGAAGUGAAAGAUUAUAUGAAGGUCAUGAAUACUACUGAAAUUGAUAUUUGGGCAAAGUUUGUGAAUGGGAUUUCAUUAACACAUGAUAGUUUACUUGGCUCUGUGGAGGUUGAAAGGGAGGGGUUGUCAAGCAUGAUAACUAGCUGCCGAGACAAUAGAACUGAUAGAAGCAGGGUUCCAGCGAGGUCACCUCUGUGUUUUCCUUCGAAUUUUGAGAGCCUGAGAAGUAGUGGAAGCAUUCUGGAAGUGCUCAGAGAGGUGAAUGCUGGUAUCUUGGCCCUGCAAGACGUGAAAGCUGUGGAAGAGGACGGCAUGAAACCCCUCUCUGACUUGGCUGGUGCUUUGGGCAUGAAUUACGUGUUUGCCGAGAGCUGGGCUCCGGAGUAUGGGAAUGCUGUCUUGUCAAAAUGGCCAAUUAAGCGAUGGAAGGUUCAUAAGAUUGUCGAUGACGAAGAUUUCAGAAAUGUGCUAAAGGUGACAAUUGAUGUGCCACGGAUGGGAGAAAUCAACUUCCACUGCACCCAGCUUGAUCAUCUAGAUGAGAACUGGAGGAUGAAGCAGGUGAACGCAAUAAUCAAGUCGAAUGAUUUUCCCCACAUCAUGGCAGGGGGGCUUAAUUCUCUUGAUGGAUCCGAUUACUCGUCCGAGAGAUGGACCAAAAUUGCCAAGUUCUAUGAGGAGAUAGGAAAGCCAGCACCGAAGGUUCAAGUGAUGAAGCUCUUGAAGGAUAAAGGGUAUGCAGAUGCAAAGGACUCUGCCGGAGAAUUCGACCUGGGACUUGUCAUUGCCGAAGGCCAAAAUGUACAAGGGACAUGCAAAUACGGGACGAGGGUGGAUUACAUUUUGGCAUCAUCGGGCUCGCCAUACAAGUUUGUUCCUGGAUCAUACAGUGUCAUUUCUUCAAGAGGUACUUCUGAUCACCACAUAGUUAAGGCUGAGGUAGUGAGAGUCAAGCAGGGACCUCCUGAGAAGGCCUAUAGAAGAGUUGAAAACUCAAACAAAAGGUAUAAAACUCCCAUUGUUUUUCAGGAGGGUUUUGGCAGAUGGACAACUAGAAAUAAAACUUCUAUGAAUUAGAACACAUUUAUGUAAGUAAAUCACUGCUUGUUUUUAGUACGAUCACAAGUAUGAAGUAGUCGGCGAUAUUAUUUUGAAGUCAAUUGAUGUAAGCAUUUUAUGAUACAUUAGCUUGAAAUCCUCUUAUCCAUA